UGCAAAUGUCGCCACUAUGACCCCAUCAUCGCUCUCCUGCUAGAACUCAACCCACUGAGAGACAGGGAGAGAGAGAGAAGCCGCCGUUUCUUCCAUUCUCCGCCAAACAUUCAACCACCGCUAACAACCAUCCAACAACUACAAUCAAAUUCAAUUGAAUUCAAUUCAAUUAGGGUUCCCAUUUCUUACCCUCUCCAUGGAACCCCAACAAUCUCUCCCUCCCAUGGACGAUUCCGAAGACCCUUCCUCCACUUGGGACUUCUCCUACCUUCUAGACUUCAACCUCGACGAAGACCACACCGAUAAUUCUCUCCCAUUCUCUUCUCUCUUCAACGACGCUCCCGAGAUCCCUAACGACCGGGUCCGAAAGCGUGAUCCCCGACUCACCUGCUCCAACUUUCUCGCGGGUCAGGUCCCCUGCGCCUGCCCCGAACUUGACGCCAAACUCGAGGAUGAGGGUUUGCCUGGCAAGAAACGCGCGCGCACUGCUCGUGCCUCCUCAUCCGCUCGAUGCCAGGUCCCUGGUUGUGAGGUCGAUAUCUCCGAACUCAAAGGCUAUCACCGCCGACACAGUGUCUGCCUCCGCUGCGCCAAUGCCACCACUGUUGUCCUCCACGGCGAGCCCAAGAGAUACUGCCAGCAGUGCGGGAAGUUUCAUGUUUUGUCGGAUUUCGAUGAAGGGAAACGAAGUUGCAGAAGGAAGUUAGAACGGCAUAACACGCGAAGGCGGAGAAAGCCCCUGGUGGAAUCGGGAGGUGGUGCUAUCGCCGAACUUGAGGCCGUUACUCAGAAUGAGGAAAACAAUUAUGAUGCGGUAGCAGGAAAAGAUUGUUCAAAUUUGAGUAAUGAGAUCAACGACAUAGUAGUGUUGCCAGAUCAUGGAGAGGAACCUGUUCCCAUUCUGGUAUCAGCUCCUGAUGCCCAGAAUGUUAACAGUGACAGCGUUGUGUCUUUGCCUGUUUCUGGUGAAACUCGAGUGAAUAGUGGGAACACUUCUAAUUCGCCUUCUUAUUGUGACAAUAAGAGUGCCUACACGUCUAUGUGCCAAACAGGUCGGAUUUCUUUUAAGCUUUAUGAUUGGAAUCCAGCAGAGUUUCCUAGAAGGCUACGACACCAAAUAUUCCAAUGGUUGGCAAGUAUGCCUGUGGAGUUGGAGGGUUAUAUCCGCCCUGGGUGCACCAUUUUGACAAGUUUUAUUGCAAUGCCUAACAUUAUGUGGAUAAAUUUACGGAAAGAAUCAUUGGAACAUGUGAACAAACUUGUUGCCCCGGGAAAUAUGCUAUCUGGAAGAGGGACUGCACUAGUUCAUCUUAAUGACAUAGUCUUCCGUGUUAUGAAAGAUGGAACCUCUGUGACGAAAGUCGAGGUUAACUUGCAGGCACCUAGGCUUCAUUAUGUUCACCCUACAUGCUUUGAGGCUGGCAAACCUAUGGAGUUUGUUGCUUGUGGAAGUAACUUACUGCAGCCUAAAUUCCAGCUUCUUGUAUCGUUUUCGGGAAAGUAUCUGAAAUGUGAGUAUUGUGUACCGUCCCCACAUAACUGGACUGAAGAAAAUAUUUCUUGCGCUUUUGACAAUCAGUUGUACAAGAUAUAUGUUCCUCAUACAGAGGAAAGUCUCUCUGGGCCUGCAUUUAUUGAGGUGGAGAAUGAAUCCGGUUUAUCAAACUUUAUUCCUGUACUCAUUGCUGAUAAAGAAACUUGUUCUGAAAUGAAGAUACUGCAGCAAAAAUUAGAUUCAUCUCUCCUUUCUAAUCAAUUCCGGUCUGCAUCAGGUGGUUCUAUCUGCAGCUCGUGUGAAACAUUUACACUUAGCCACACAUCAUCAGACUUACUUGUAGAUAUAGCAUGGUUGCUUAAGGACACCACUUCAGAAAAUUUUGACAGAGUGAUUACAGCUUCACAAAUCCAAAGAUAUUGUCACUUGUUGGAUUUUCUGAUGUGCAAUGAAUCAACAGUCAUGUUGGAAAAAAUAUUACCAAAUUUGAUAAUCUUGACAGAAAGCAUGAAAUCCAAUUUUGUGAUUAAUACGACUAGUGAUGUGGAUACAAGGCAACUCCUGAAUCACAUACAUAAUGCUCAAAUUACCAUAUUUCAGAAACAUCAGAAAAAUGGAAGUAUUAUUGUGCAGCCUGAAAUGGAAGGCUUUAGACUUGCUCAGGGUUGCUCUCAUGAUAACAAGAUCUCAGUUGCUAUUAACAGUCAGGGUAUCCUGUCAAGAGCAGAUGCAAAGUGGGGAGUGCUGAAAAAUCUAACUUGUAGUGACAAAAAUGAAAGAAUACCUCUUUUAAAGAGAGAUAUUAUAAUGAAUGUGGAAGAGUUGCCUGAAAUAUAUGGUCGUGGAUGUUUAGGCAGGGGGUUGUUGACCCCUCGACCAGCUAUUUUUGUGAUGGUUUCGAUUGCUGUUUGUCUUGGGGUUUGUGUAGCCGUCCUUCAUCCAGGAGGGGUUACUGAGUUAGCAGUAUCUGUUAGAAGGUGUUUGUUUAACUAUUAGUGGAAGCUUCAAUUUUUUUGUACUUGUAGUUCGUACAUAUUUGUUGUAACGCUAAAUAAGCAUCGGAGUCAGGACGAUUAGGUAGUUUAUUGCGUUGGAAUCGUAAUCCAAGGUUUCUAAUCUAUAUCAUUGUUAAGUUGGGGUGUUUGUGCUAGAGAUCUCUCGACAAGAUGUGUAAAAAAAUUUUCAUGGAAUUGAGAAUCAAAUUUUAAUUCA